UUCUUUUCUCGCUCCUCGCCCUGACUCUAUUUCUCUCUCUCUCUUUCUCUCUCCGCUUAUCACUUUCUCUCUCUUCGCCGGCACGCUCUUUUCGUUCUCCCCUCUCAUUUGUUUUGCUUCUCUCCGAACUUUUCUCCUGUGGGUUGUCUCUCUCCUCGCCCCUCCAUUUUUGCUCUCUCUCUAGGAAAUGGCACCUGUUCUUAGUAGGAUUGUUGGAACAACCACCCAGACUCGGCUCCCACCAUCUUCUUUUCUCUCUUCUAAUCGCUUCUGUGGGCUUUCUUCUUCUGGGUCGUCAAGGAGAGAGAAAGAGCUGAAAUUGGGUGCUUGGUUGGGCUGCCAAAGUUUUCCGAAGCUCAGAGCUGGGGUCCCUGCAAGUGGGUUGAGGUGGAAGGUGAAGAGGGUGGAGAGAAGGGGCGGUGUGAGGUGUGAAGCAGCAGUUGCAGAGAAGGAAAGGGAGGAAACUUCAGGCGAAAAGUUUGAAUACCAGGCUGAGGUCAGUCGUCUCCUGGACUUGAUUGUCCACAGUCUUUACAGCCAUAAGGAGGUCUUUCUCCGAGAGCUUGUGAGCAAUGGGAGUGAUGCAUUGGACAAAUUGAGAUUCCUAAGCGUAACUGAUCCUUCACUUCUUGGAGAUGCUGGAGAAUUAGAAAUACGCAUCAAGCCUGACCCUGAAAAUGGAACUAUCACCAUCACUGACACUGGUAUUGGAAUGACAAAAGAAGAGCUGGUUGACUGUCUUGGAACGAUAGCUCAGAGUGGUACCUCAAAAUUCUUGAAGGCGUUGAAGGAAAAUAAAGAUGUGGGUCCUGACAAUGCUUUGAUCGGCCAGUUCGGUGUUGGGUUCUAUUCUGCUUUCCUUGUUGCAGACAAAGUGGUUGUGUCAACCAAGAGUCCCAAGUCUGAUAAGCAAUAUGUUUGGGAAGCUGUAGCAGACAGUAGCUCCUAUGUAAUUAGAGAAGAGAUAGACCCUGAAAACCUGCUACGACGGGGAACACAAAUCACCCUUUAUCUUAGGCCUGAUGACAAAUAUGAAUUUGCUGAACCAACAAGAAUCCAAUCCUUGGUUAAGAAUUACUCUCAGUUCGUCUCAUUCCCAAUAUACACUUGGCAAGAGAAAUCAAGGACAGUAGAGGUUGAAGAGGAAGAAGCUCCAAAAGAGGGGGAAGAAGCUCCAAAAGAGGGGGAAGAAGCUAAACCAGAGGGUGAGACAAAGAAGAAGAAGAAGACUGUGACAGAGAAAUAUUGGGAUUGGGAAUUGGCAAAUGAAACAAAACCCAUCUGGUUACGCAACCCCAAGGAAGUUGAGAAAGAUGAGUACUUCGAGUUCUAUAAGAAGGCAUUCAACGAAUUCCUGGACCCACUUGCAUACACUCAUUUUACAACAGAGGGUGAAGUGGAAUUUAGAAGUGUUCUUUACAUUCCUGGCAUGGCUCCUCUUAACAAUGAGGAGAUAGUGAACCCUAAGACAAAAAAUAUACGUCUCUAUGUGAAGCGCGUCUUCAUUUCGGAUGAUUUUGAUGGCGAAUUGUUCCCCCGCUAUUUAAGUUUUGUUAAGGGUGUGGUAGAUUCAAAUGAUCUUCCUCUUAAUGUUUCUCGUGAAAUCCUUCAGGAAAGCCGAAUUGUGAGGAUUAUGCAUAAACGGCUCGUGCGGAAAACAUUUGACAUGAUCCAGGAUAUUGCUGAAGGUGAAAAUAAAGAGGACUAUAAGAAGUUCUGGGAAAAUUUUGGAAAACUUCUUAAAUUGGGUUGCAUUGAGGACAGUGGGAACCAUAAGCGUAUUACACCUUUGCUGCGGUUUUACUCUUCCAAAAGUGAGGAAGACCUUAUCAGCCUUGAUGAUUAUGUUGAAAACAUGGUUGAAAACCAGAAUGCAAUCUAUUACUUGGCAACUGAUAGUUUGAAGAGUGCGAAAACUGCACCAUUCCUGGAAAAGCUGGUUCAGAAAGACAUUGAGGUGCUGUAUCUGGUGGAGCCCAUUGAUGAAGUUGCUAUCCAGAACCUACAGACCUACAAGGAAAAGAAAUUUGUGGAUAUCAGCAAAGAAGACCUGGAGUUGGGUGAUGAGGAUGAGGUAAAAGAAAGGGAAACAAAGCAAGAAUUCAAUCUUCUUUGUGACUGGAUAAAACAACAACUGGGAGAUAAGGUGGCUAAAGUUCAGGUAUCGAAACGCCUGAGCUCAUCUCCUUGUGUUCUUGUGUCAGGGAAGUUUGGGUGGUCUGCUAACAUGGAAAGGCUCAUGAAGGCACAAACUCUUGGAGACACAGCAAGUCUUGAGUUUAUGAGGGGAAGGAGAAUAUUAGAGAUCAAUCCAGACCAUCCAAUCAUCAAAGAUCUAAGUGCUGCUUGCAAAUACGACCCGGACGACAGUGAAGCUCGUCGGGCUGUAGACCUUUUGUAUGAUACCGCCUUGAUAUCCAGUGGAUUCACGCCUGAUAGUCCGGCAGAGUUGGGUAACAAAAUUUAUGAGAUGAUGUCCAUUGCACUUGGUGGAAGGUGGGGAAGAGCAGAGGAAGAUGGUGAGGAAGCCAUAGCCACCUCUGAAGCUGAAUCCAAAGAGGAGGCUGAAGGCGGCUCUGAUGAAGUUGAAGUCGUGGAGCCCUCGGAGGUGAGAGCAGAGAGUGAUCCAUGGAAGGCCUAAGCCUAUGGUGGGUUUGUCCUAAAUGGGUCGUUUUUUUUGGUAGUGUAUGUUCCUUGUGGAGAGAGAGAGAGAGAGAGAGAGCUUUAAGUGUCUGCUAAUGUGGUUGAAUGGUGGAAAGAGGUAAGAAAUGUUGUAGAGUUGCAGGUGUUACUUGUUUAAUUAUGGAUUUUGAGGCAGUAUUCAUUUUCCUUUGAGAGGAUAGUGCAUGCAAGUUGGUCCUUAAAUACCCUUGGCACCUUCAAAUGCUAUAUGUAAUUGAUCCAUCUUUUCUUAUUGCUGCA